AUGUCCUCGCCACGCCCAAAAUCUCCCCGUACUCCUGUUUUACCUAAGAAGGAUGAUAAAGACGAGUCAUUUUGGGAUAAAAUUGGUACCAUUGGGCGAAAGAAACGCAUAAAGGAAGUGCAAGAAGUGCAAGAGGAAGGGAAAUAUGCCAUUGAUUCCCCAGGAAGUCCUACAGCUCCAGAAAUUCCACCAGAAGAAUAUAGCCUGUUGGACAAUGAAGCCAGAGCCAUAAUUGAACCCCGUUCCUUAGAAGAGCCAAGAGUUCAGGAACUUAUCCAAGUAUUGAUUGAUUGGAUCAAUGAUGAGUUAGCGGCCCAGAGAAUUAUUGUAAAAGAUAUCAGUGAAGAUCUGUAUGAUGGUCAGGUUCUGCAGAAGCUACUAGAAAAAUUGCAAGAAACAAAACUAGAUGUACCUGAAGUGACGCAGAGUGAAGAAGGACAGAGACAAAAAUUGGCAGUUGUAUUGCGAGCUGUCAACAAGGUACUUUUUGGUACAGGACAACCUGUUACCAAGUGGAGUGUGGAAUCUGUUCAUUCUAAGAAUUUGGUUUCGAUUCUGCACUUGUUAGUGGCUCUUGCUCGUCACUACCGUGCUCCUAUCAGGUUGCCAGAGAAUGUCAGUGUCGGCGUUGUUGUUGUGAAGAAGGACGCACAAAACCAGCUCUCGCAUAGGACAUACACAGAAGACAUCACAACAACAUAUGAUGAGUUGGGCAUGCGAUGCGAAAGGGAUGCAUUUGAUGCCCUGUUUGACCAUGCACCUGAUAAACUGCAAGUUGUUAAAAAGUCGCUGAUAACAUUCGUGAACAAACAUCUAAGUAAAGUAAAUUUGGAGGUAUCCGACUUAGACAGUCCGUUCCAUGAUGGCGUAUGUCUUGUUCUUUUAAUGGGACUUCUGGAAGGCUUCUUCGUACCACUCUAUGAUUUCUAUUUAACGCCGAAAGACUUCGAUCAGAAAGUACACAAUGUGGCGUUCGCGUUUGAGCUGAUGCAGGAUGUUGGUUUGGCAAAGCCUAAAGCGAGACCUGAAGAUAUUGUUAAUUUAGAUCUGAAAUCGACUCUUCGCGUUCUGUACAACCUCUUCACUAAAUAUAAGAAUAUGGCGUAA